GUGGCAUGAAGUUCAAAGUAGAGUUUCCAGGUGGGACCAAAGUGGACCUUACCCAGACUACAGUCAGAGAGACGCCCGCCGCCAAAGAGAUCAUCUGAGCUCACAGCAUCUAAAAACAUUAGGGAUCCAGCUGACGCUUCGCACAGGUGUACACAGGCUGAGUGCAGGUUAUAAAAAAAGGGUUUCGUCUGGAUAAGCUGACACAGUCUGACGAGGGCCCAGCUGGUGAUUCCAGACAGAGUGAGAGAGAGAGAGAAGCAAAGAAAGAGAGAGCGAAAAGACAGAGACAAAGACAGACGGAGACCAGCAUCAGGAACAUCAGGAAGCAUCCCUCAGCAGCAGUCAUGAGUGUGUCCACGGAGCAGAUGUCCAGCCUAUACGAGCAGCAGGGCUACCUGAGCGGAGUGAGCGUGCUGGACCCCGCGGAGCUCCGGCACGCCAGGGAGGCCUUCGCCCAGCUGGAGAGGAAGUUCGGUACAGAGUAUACCGGGUACAGCCUCCACAAUGUGCAUAUGCAGUACGACUGGGUGAGGGGGCUGGUCAAGCACCCCCGCGUUCUGGAGGUGGUACGUGCCGUCCUAGGUCCAGACAUCCUCCUGCUGGACUCCAGGUUCAUCUGUAAAUACCCAGUAUCCCGGGGCAACAGAAGUGAUGAUGUCAUCGCCUAUGAGAAUGGACUGGCAGGGGAAGAGACAGCCGGACCGGAAAAGCAGAAAGAGGAGCUAGUGCUGCCUUACGUGGCCUGGCACCAGGACAUGAGGUACUGGGGUCUUGAUGGAGGUCCAGUGCUGUCUGUGUGGCUGGCUCUGGAUGACUCACUGGAGGACAAUGGAGCUCUUCAAGUUAUUCCAGGAAGUCACUGCUCGGGGAUGCUUCAUCACCGCCAGUCCCAGCGCUCAGGCAACAUGCUGUCUGUCAAUCAGGAGAUCCCAGAAGAACUGGUGCAGACAGACAAGGCUCUACUCUGCCCUCUGCAGGCUGGGCAGAUGUCGGUGCAUGAUGGCCUGCUUGUCCACGCCAGCGAUCCCAACAGGUCUGACCGCAGGCGCUGUGGUUUCGUUAUCCGCUACGUCCCCACGUGUGCUUAUCCAAUCCAGGAUCCUGACAGACCCCGCCGUUUCCAUGCGACUGUUGUGGUCAGUGGCACUGACCAGUAUAGACACUUCUCAAACAACGAAAAGCCAGAGCUCUAAAGACUACAGCCAAUGAGCUGCAGAGAACGAGAGGAGGAGGAGGAGGAGGAAGAGGAGGAAGAUUAUUCAUCUUCUUUCUAUUGCACUUUUGUUAUUAUACAUUUUACCGGAAUAUCUGAAGAAUUUUAACAUCUAUCAUUAUAUAUAAAGUAAUAUGACUUUGGGUGAUGUAUGUGAUCAUUAUUUGUUUAAUGAUAUAUGUUUUGGUUUCGAGGGCUAUGUGUAAGGGCUUGAUGCUUUGUAUAUGCUUGAUUCUGAAUGUUACCUCAGUUUAAUAAAUGUUUCAACCGUA